ACUAGUACAGCUCUCUUCCAGGCCUGUACAAUGUACACCUUUCUUCAGAGCUCUCCAAGAGAAGUCUGUAGAAAAAAUAUGCUGUGUUGGUCGGCACAUAGUGCUCUCAACCAUAAGAUCCUCACUCCACAGAUUUCUAACCUGGUCACUGCCAGUGUUUCCCUAACUCCGAUCGCAGUGAGUGUUAUUAACUAUGAAGAUCCCCAAAUGUGGUAAAAAUCCCUUUGACUGGAUUCCGGACAACCGUCCCGACAAUGAAGACGAUAAAGAGAACUCGGCACGAGUUAUUCCAUCGACAUUCUACCAUCUUGUCAAAGGCAAUCGUAGCUCUGAUGUGUCUGAUUGUCUCUCGAAGCAAACCGACCUGAGUCCCAAUGGUCGAUACAACUAUGAAUACUUCAUAAUCACGGCCGUGAAAAGUGGAGCCUAUGAAACUGUCGAAGUUCUCCUCAAGUAUGGAGCUCACGUUGAAAUGAGUGAAAUUGAUGGCCAAGAUGCCGGAUACACGCCAUUGAUGUUCGCCAUUCGGUAUCGUCAGGCCAAGAUGGCCUUGUUACUUCUCAAGCAUAAUGCGAAUCCACGGGCUAAGGCUGCGGACGGAAAAGAUAGCGUGCAACUGUUGUGUCAAAACUACAGUUUAUCCAUGCUUGAUGUCUGGAAGGCAAUUACACGCCAACAUUCCGAUCUCGUCCUUCAGAUCUUGUCCCCAUCUGCUACCAAUGAUUAUUACACUUUCGGAAAUGCUGAACUCCGAACACCUCUCCACCAUCUAUUCUUUAUGGAUCAGAUGGGCGAUGUCACCCGAGCUUUCAUGAGCUUCUUAUUCGACGAAACUGACUUCAAUCUGCCCGAUGAAAUCCCAUACACCGCGAAUCGAUCAUGGACUGGAGUCCAAUAUUCGCUGCUUUUGGGAGGAAAUAAUUUUAAUCUGACAGAGGCCUACCUGAAGAAAGUUAAGGCUACGAGAAGUAAAGAAGAUCUCUCCAAGAUUGUCAAUUGUGAGCUUCCAUGCCAAAAUCGAGGGGGACAUCCAUUAAUCCAAUACUGUAAACGUUCCAACGUUGACCGCUCCAUUGUGAGGCCGUUUCUAGACAACGGAUACAAAAUCAACCAGACGGAUUUUUACGGUGACAAUCUACUCUCCGCAUGUCUUCAACCUGGAAGGAUAUCAAUGCAAGAUCUAGAAUACAUCCUACGACAGGGUGCCGAUGUGAACGUUGCCGUGCCAAACCGCCGCUCAAUCGCUCAAAUGGCAGCAAAUGUUAGUGAAGCUGCCCUGAAUUUGGUUUUGAAAUUUGGCGCCAAGCCUGAUCCAACGGAAAAGAACAGUCCCAAACUGAAGCGUUAUUUCAUCACUGUGAAUACCUUGAAAUACUUGGCCAGACGUUCAAUCCUGAAGUCGUUGGUAGACUCUGGUGGCAUAGUGAGGUUUCUAGAGACCUCUGAAUUAGGCAGCAUUGCUUCUUCUUUGUUCGAAGAUGAUAAUUAAUCAUGAUAAUGUUAUUAAAGCCAAUUGUCCUUUGUGUCGAUAAGUGUCUGUCGACAUUUUUGCAAUGCAAAACUGCAGAAGCAGAAUGACGUGUAGGAAUAUUAUUAAGCUAUUUGAUAA